GAACGGUGCCGACCGCCAGGACACGCUCAGCUACGGACACGCUCGGCUCUGCGCUUCCGCGACAGUCACCGGGGCGAGGGAGCGGCGAGCGCGGCACAGGCCGCCCGGCAGGGGCAGGGGAGACCGGCCGGUGCAGCGCGGGGACACGUACUCAGUCCGACUCGGGCUGGCACUGGCGGCUAGGGAUGUCGUCCUGGACGAGGUGGCAUGGACCCGCCAUGGCGCGGCUCUGGGGCUUCUGCUGGCUGGUUGUGGGCUUCUGGAGGGCCGCUCUUGCCUGUCCCACGUCCUGCAAAUGCAGCACCUCCCGAAUCUGGUGCAGCGACCCUUCUCCAGGCAUCGUGGCAUUUCCGAGGUUGGAGCCUAACAGUGCAGACCCCGAGAACAUCACGGAAAUUUACAUUGCCAAUCAGAAAAGGUUGGAAAUCAUCAACGAAGAUGAUGUUGAAGCUUACGCAGGACUGAAAAAUCUGACAAUCGUGGAUUCCGGAUUAAAAUUUGUGGCUCAUAAAGCCUUUCUGAAAAACAGCAACUUACAGCACAUCAAUUUUACUCGAAACAAACUGACGAGCUUGUCUAGGAAACAUUUUCGUCACCUUGACUUGUCUGAGCUGAUCUUGGUGGGCAAUCCAUUUACAUGCUCCUGUGACAUUAUGUGGAUCAAGACUCUUCAGGAGACUAAAUCCAGCCCAGAAACUCAGGACUUGUACUGCCUAAAUGAAAGCAGCAAGAAUAUUCCCCUGGCAAACCUGCAGAUACCCAAUUGUGGUUUGCCAUCAGCAAAUUUGGCUGCACCUAACCUCACUGUGGAGGAGGGAAAGUCUAUCACAUUAUCUUGUAGCGUUGAAGGCGAUCCAGUCCCGAAUUUGUACUGGGAUGUCGGUAAUCUGGUUUCCAAACAUAUGAAUGAAACAAGCCACAUGCAGGGCUCCUUAAGGAUAACUAACAUUUCAUCUGAUGACAGUGGAAAGCAGAUCUCCUGUGUGGCAGAAAAUCUUGUAGGAGAAGACCAAGAUUCUGUGAACCUCACUGUACAUUUUGCUCCAACUAUCACAUUUCUCGAAUCUCCAACCUCAGACCACCACUGGUGCAUUCCAUUCACUGUGAAAGGCAACCCCAAACCAGCGCUUCAGUGGUUCUAUAACGGGGCCAUAUUGAAUGAGUCCAAAUACAUCUGUACUAAAAUCCAUGUUACCAAUCACACGGAGUACCAUGGCUGCCUCCAGCUGGAUAAUCCCACUCACAUGAACAAUGGGGACUACAAGUUAGUAGCCAAGAAUGAGUACGGGAAGGAUGAGAAACAGAUUUCUGCUCAUUUCAUGGGCUGGCCUGGAAUCGAUGACGGUGCCAACCCAAAUUACCCUGAUGUAAUUUAUGAAGAUUAUGGGACUGCAGCAAAUGACAUUGGGGACACCACGAACAGAAGUAACGAAAUCCCUUCCACAGAUGUUGCUGACAAAAGCGGUCGGGAACAUCUCUCGGUCUAUGCUGUGGUGGUAAUUGCGUCUGUGGUGGGAUUUUGUCUGCUGGUGAUGCUGUUUCUGCUGAAGUUGGCAAGACACUCCAAGUUUGGCAUGAAAGGUUUUGUUUUGUUUCAUAAGAUCCCACUGGAUGGGUAGCUGAAAUAAAGGAAAAGACAGAGAAGGGGGCUGUGGUGCUUGUUGGUUGAUGCUGCCUUGUAAGCUGGACUCUUGGGAUGGGCGUUGGCUUCUCCCGGGAGGUGCCACGUAGCUGGGGGUUUUCUGGUAGCUGUGGGUGGUGUUUGCAGGAGGUCCCGUGUGAAGCCUGCGGCUGUCCUGAGCUAUGUUUGGGGAGCACCUGCUGCAGAGGCAGCUCCCAGGCUGCUAAGCAAACACUCAAGAAAACAUCUUAAAUUAAUGCUUCUCUUUUGUACUUGCAAUUGUUCAAAUAAGAAAGUGACAUGGAAGUCCUUUGGAUUAUGCUUCUCUUCGGAAAGGAGCACUCUUUGACCAUACUGGAAAUGUAUUAAUUCUUAUGUUUCUCUGUUCAUUUAAAGGUGAACUGCAAAGUUUUAAAAAAAAAUCUAAAUUUAGGGACAGGUAUAAGAACACACUAAACAGCCUAAUCUCCACGUAACAUGUAGUUUAGUAUUGUUUUCUGUUGAUGUGUAAUGAAGACUGAAUUCACAAGUCUCUAUUCUCCUUCUACAAUGAAGCGACUGAGAAAGUCAAGGGCAUCACUGUGGGGACUUGGCAAGGCCACUGAGAGGUCCUCUCCUUCACUGGCAAUAAAGGUCCAGAGUCAUGCAAUCAACGCUAAUGAUUUUUCUAAAGUUUGUUAGCAGGUGAAAAAUAAAAGCAGUUCCGUGGUCGGGGGCUGUAGAUCUAGGUUAGGCGUAGUCAGUUUCAGAAUAACUACAAGAGUGAAACAGACACAUAGGGCGCGCUUGUCCUUUUAUGUGCCCCCUGCGAUCCUCCUGCUUUUUAGAAGUUUCCUAGUGAGAAGGCCGCAGUAUCUCAUGCUGUUCCCAUGACAGAACUGUAGCUUUUCUACUCUGAAAAGGUCUGCGGGCAGAAUGGCUGGCCUGCUGGGAGCAGGAGACCAUAUUCUAAGAAGGAUAGUCCCCUACUCCAUACUACACUGCUGCUGGUUUUCAUGGGCAGGAAGGCUCUUCCUGACCCCAGCAGCACAGAGGUAAUGAGUCUGUGCUUUAUCCGAUCCAGCCUCAUUGCAAGAGGGUAGCCUGGGAUCGACAGAUCCGGCGUCCCAGCCUCAGUCCCAUCACAGACCCCUGUUUCCCUCGCUUGGCCACUGCAGUGACCUUGGUCCGCUUCGCGCGGCCUGUGCCAGGUAGGAUCCCUGUCCCGCAGACAGGUUCGGCUGCUCUUGCUCUACCUCCCCUCAACUUUUCUCCUGAGGUGGACGGCAGAGCCAGGCCCGGAACAUUUCACUUGAAAGCAGGAUCAGCUCUGACCAUGAAGGCAUGCUCAUCAACGCCGUGGCUGGACGGCAAUCUUACUGAUAUUUGAAAAAAAUUCCUUUUUUGGGGAUGGGGUUGAAAUAGGAAAUAGUUACUCAAGUUUUGCAGUUCAGCUUUAAGGAUAUAGAGUUUUAACUAGUCCAGCGUGUUUGGAAACAUUGUUUUGCAUCCUGUGUAACCCAGGCAUUAAUCUUAAUAAACCAGGAUCCAUUUAGGUACCACUUGAUAUAAAAGGAUUAUCCAUGAUGAAUAUUUUAUACUGUAUCUUUUACAUUAGCCACUAAGUAUGUUAUUGCUUGAUACAGACAUUUCACAGGGUCCUAUGGAUUACAGCAUUGAACUUGGCUACUCCAUACCCCUGCCUCCGACAGAGGGGCAGUUUCUCCGAAGCAUACACGGGCUGCUUGUUCCCAAACCUGUGCUUUCCAAAGACACAUUUGAGUGGGAGAGCAGCUGGACCGUGGUGUUGAGGGGAAUCUGAAUAUUCCCUGAAUUCCCAUUUUCUUGCUCUAUGCUAAAUGACAUUCCUGUCACCACUUAGAUUUUGAUCUCUCCCAAAGCUGUCGAUUUACCAAGAGCCCAGCUAAUUGCAGAAAUCUUGAACCCUGGAAGGAAAAGGAAAUUCACACUGAGAGCUGAGCAGAGGCUGUCAGUACCCCAAGCAUUCUUAAAUAUCGGCCAUUCGGUACAAGUUUUUUUUUUUUUUUUUUAAACCUUUUGUAUUUUAUUCCAUGGAACUAGAAAAAG